ACUUAUGUGCCUGCCGAUAUACCAAAGCGCGAUGCAGUGGUCAAGGCGUUCAAACACGCUUGGCAUGCAUAUGAGAGAGAUGCCAUGGGAGAUGAUGAAUACCACCCCAUAGAACAAAAAGGAAGCAACCUAACCAAGGCAGGAGGGAUCGGCUACAUGGUAAUCGACGUGCUCGACACCAUGCAACUGAUGGGUCUCAAAGAAGAAUACGCUAGGUCCAGAAACUGGGUACAAUCCAAGCUAUCCUUUGACCGCGAUGACCGAUUCAGCACAUUCGAGACAACCAUCCGUGUCCUCGGCGGCCUCCUCUCCGCAUACCACCUAUCCAACCACGACCCACUCUACCUCGAAAAAGCAGUUGAACUGGCAGACAGGAUCUUACCCGUUUUCGACACACCCUCAGGGCUCCCCUUGCCCGUUAUCAAUCUAGCAACAAUGGAGCCGAGUCACAUGGACGACUUCCCGGGUCUGGUUAGCGUUGCAGAGGCUGGGACUUUGCAGUUGGAGUUCAGGUAUUUGAGCCAUUUGACGGGGAACGAUGUGUAUUGGCGCAAAGUUGAAAAGGUCAUGCGAGUUAUUAAAGAUGCCCGGUUACCUCACGGCUUGGCGUCCAUCUUUUUGAAUAUUGACCGAGGGCAGUAUGAAUCGUCAGCCAUCCGACUUGGUGCGCGAGCAGACUCGUUUUACGAGUAUCUGUUAAAACAAUACCUUCAAACGAAUAAAUCUGAAGUGGUCUACCGUGACAUGUACGACGAUGCCAUGACCGCCAUACACUCAUACCUUAUUCAAGAGAGCAAAAACGCCAAAAUGACAUACACAUCCGAGCUCAUCCCCGAACAUCACGAGGACGGCGAAAUAUCAUGGCGACUGACACCAAAGCAAGACCACCUAGUCUGUUUCCUCGGGGGUUCGCUCAUGCUUGGGGCAACACACACAGGGACAGUCACUCAACAGCCCGUCUCAAUACCCCCCCGACCAGAAGAGCUCGCGGAAAAUGGACGAAGAGAUUGGAAAACGGGGGUUGAACUCAUCAAGACGUGUAUGAAUACCCAUGAUACUGCUAGCGGGUUGUCACCUGAGAUUGUAUACUUUAGAGUGCCAAGUGAUGGGAUGGACGGAUACGAUAUUGCCCCUUCUGAUUGGUAUAUCCGUGGUGCUCAGGAAGGCGAAUUCCCACCAUACGACGCCCGCUACAUGCUCCGGCCAGAAACCAUCGAAUCCCUUUUCCUCGCAUAUCGACUGACAGGUGAUCCCAUAUACCAAGACCACGCAUGGGCGAUCUUCCAAUCUAUCGAGAAGCACUGCCGUGUCCCUACGGGCGGGUACGCGACGAUUAUCAAUGUAGAUGAGAACCCGGCAAGGCAGGAGGAUAAGAUGGAGACGUUCUUUUUGAGUGAGACGCUGAAGUAUCUUUAUUUGUUGUUCUCAGAUUCGGAUGUGGUUCCAUUGGAUAAGUAUGUGUUCAAUACAGAGGCCCAUCCUCUGCCAGUCUUUACUCCAAUAAUUUGGAUGGGUUUCUCAUAG